AUGAAUGGCCUAGCUAUUGAUCAGCUACCACCAGAGCUAUGGCUUCAAAUCAUAGAAGACCGACUACACAAUGAGCCCGAUGAGUUCAAGGCCUUACACAACCUAAGGAUGACAAGGAGAUGCUGCGACACCGCUCGCGAGCUCCUCGAGGACCGACUGCAGCAAACCCACUUUGGGAAGAUCGAGCAAGUAAUCGCAACAUCAACUGAAGAUCGACGCUCACGCGACUCGAAUCUGAAGAGAUUCUUGAACAGCAUAAGCCGCCUGCCACGAGAAUUCCAGUCCUCUGCCAUCUUCAGAUUUGCGCCAACCGAGUUCCGCACCUUCCAGCUUGCGCGGACCAGGAAUAAGACAAGCAAAAAAGUGAAAGACCUAGACGCGAAAUCAGGGCGAAAUCGGCUCGUUAACAUGCAAGCAAAUUUCCACAACGAAGGGCAAGUUUGGAUGGUAGACAAUACUGAAGCACAACUGCUUCUGGACUUAGUCGGCAAGUGCUACCAUCUGAAGAUAGAGUACAAUGACAGCGGCGAUGUCGCUGUUGUUCGGAAGGAGCUGUAUGAUGAGUCGACGGUUGAGGAGAGGAAGCUAGAGCGGCUUCAAGCCCCUAUGGGAAUUCUGUCUGAGUGGAUGGUGGAGACUUCAAAUAAGAAACGUACACAACGAUGGGUCGUGAAUUUCUUCACGAAAUGUGCGAAAGCUGUGAGCGCACUCUUCACGACAUCUGGGAGGGUCGCGAGCACCUUCUUCAUGUAUUGUGGGAGGUUUAUCACCGUGUCGCCAUUUCGGGAUUCUCCUAGCCAUUAG